AAGGAAAUAAUAGCCCUGUCAAUUCAGAUUCUGAAUAUGUUGAUGCCAGCGAUCAACAACCGCACCAACAAUACCCACUGGAUAUUCGUAAUCGCCCUGAUGAGUCUAUACUGGCAAAAACGAAAAACAUUGUUUCAUCAUUUAUGGGCGGAUCUAAAGAUGAUGAUAAAUAUGGAGAAUAUGUUAAAAUUACAUUUCAUGUGCAUUUACCACCACACAUUGAAAGAUAUGGUGAACCAGUGAUAGUGGGUAAUUGUAAGGAAUUGGGGAGUUGGAGAAUGAUUACAAUUAAAUUGAUACAACCAUACAGACAAGAAUAUCCAACUUAUUGGCGAUCACACACUGUAGAAAUUCAAUUAGGCAGGGAUGAAAUUAAGUAUAAGUAUGGUAUCUUUAAUCGAGGCAGCGUGGAUUAUGAAGGGGAGAAUGAUAGACAAAACCGCACUUUGGACAUAAGAACAAAUGAUCAAUAUGACAUAUGGCAAAACAAUAAUAAUUAUAAUAUUUGGGGCCUUAGAGAAUUUGCAUUCACUAAAUGCAUUUAUGAUGCAGUAAAUACCGAAAACCUUAAGGAUAAGGUUAUGCAAUUCCAAUUAUUGUUAGAAAAUCAUAGGGAUCGCGUAUUGAAUAACGCUACUAUCGAGUUUAUAAUGCAAAACUGUCAAAGUAAAAGAGAUAAACGACUUUUUUUAUGCGUUCUCUUGGGAUAUUAUAUUAAGCACUGUAAGGAUCCACGCGCUCUCACUUUUCAAUUGCCAUCACAUUUCCGUUCUGAUUCGUUACUUGAAGCACUCGAAAAUGUUCAGGAGGAUACAUUUAUAUCUGAUAUUAAACCAAUAAUGGCUCCAGUUGUCGCUGCUCUGGUUCGUCAUAAUGCUAUUGUAAUAGUAUCAUUUGAUUGGCUUAAAGUAUUUCGGGUGGCGCAGAUUCUUGAUCCAAGAUAUACUUUUGUCGAUGGAUUUAUUGGAGUUCGUUAUAAUAAAGAACAAAUAUCACGCUUGUUGAAGGAAUGGCCGAGAGUAGUCAAACCUUACUUGUUUAAAGCAGAAGAACGUAUUCACACCAAAAUUGCAAAGUGGUUAAUUUCAUUUUGCUCAAAUAUGGAGACCCUUAAUAUAAUGUGGCGAGAUAAUAUUUACCACACACCAAGUAUUGAUAAUGAAAUUGUACCUGAGUUUAGCGGAAUUGUUUAUAAUAUUAUUGCUCGUGACAAUAAUGUCAGUGCUUUGUAUGCAAAUUUUACUAAAGUUAUCCCUGAAUUUCGGGGAACAGUUGCUGGCCUUUUCCGUGAACGAAUACUCAAUUUACUCAAAAAUCAGCAAAGCGGUUGGGAUCAAUAUAAUUUGCAGACACUCGGAGAACUUCUUAAGGAUGAGCAUUUAUUUUUUGAAAGAGAAUAUUUUCUUAAUGCUAUGGAUUUGGUUUCACAAUCUGCGGCCUAUAAUCUAUUGAACAUGUUUCCGGAUAUUCUGGAAUAUUGGAAUAACUCUAAGUUUCCUAAUUCUAGAUCAUCAGACGUUCUAAAAAUAUGCAGCCAAUGGUUUACACGUAUAAUAUCAAAACUGAAUUAUAGUCAUAACAUGCAAUUAAAUGAAGGAGGAAGAUUCAUAUGUCUUAUUUAUGAACGUUUAACACGCAUGCAGUCUUUACUUGGUGAAAAAUCUAGAAUAUAUCAAGAGUUAUCACAUGUUGCUAGCGAACGAAUUAAAAAAUGCUCACACAAUCAUAUUCUCUUUGCAACAGCUCAAGUGGCGGUGCUUAACAAAUCAAUUGCUAAUCAGUUUUAUAAUCUAGUAACUGAAAAUGUUCUCGUUUCUAGAGAUAUUCGAAAUAUUGAUAAUGGUCUUACGGAGAAAGUAUGUUGGAUUUGUGGUCAUAAUAAUAAAGGAAAUUUAGAAAAAUUGGAAGUUCCAAACAGCAUUAGCGAAAACUUAUUAUGCCAUAUUAUGACUUGUUUGGAAAAUCAGGUUUAUAACACUGAUCAGCAAUUGGAUCUCAUUAAAAACACAGAUUUCUGGAGAAUGAUUUUUAAUGCAAGAGGCAGUGUCACAAAUUUACAUGGACAUUCGCAUGUUAUGAAGAUACGAACAGCUAUUUCUGAUUUAGCAAGCUCAAUUGUUGAUAAAACUAUAGACAUUAAAACAUUACAGGCAAUUUUAUUAAAGAGCAAUAAUGAGCAAAACAUUUCAAAACGUGAAAGUAGCAUUUCGAACGUUCGUAAGGAGUGCAAGGCAUUUGAAGAAAGAUUAAGACAUCUUAAGGCUUUUUACAGCACUUUUUGUCCACCAAGUAAAGUUUCGGAUUCGGAUGCAUAUACUAGUGAUUUAGAAGGGAAAUUAAAGAUAUUGUCAAAAGUAUCGCUUAAAGAAGCAUUAUCUCCACGGUAUUGGGAACGUCAUGAGGAUGUAAUUCAGAAAGCGGCAGAGAUCUACGAAUUUGCGAAUUCAAAAACUUUUACUAACAUUUACGAAAUACAUUUAAGUAAAGUUAACGAUGAAAUAAAUGUUGAUUAUGUUGUUAAUACUUUGAUUCCUGCAGUACGUGAAGAACAUGUUAAAACAUUCAAAAAAUACAAAGAUAGGAAAUGGGAGCAUAUUAAAUAUUCCGAAGCAUUCCCUUUAUGGAAAGGCGUAACUGAUAUAAAGGCCGAAUUAGAAUUAAUUAAUAAAGCGGUUUAUUUGAGUAAAAGUAAUCAAGAUCUAGAAAAUUCUCUUAAACACCUUACUGCUAUACCAAUAUGGGAUGAACGACUUCAAAAAUUAUCUACAGUCGUUGAGAUUUUUAAAGUGUCGCUUAAAACCGAGGACUGGUUAGGAAGAUCUUUGAAAAUUUUGCGAGAAGACGUAUUAAUUUUAGGGAAGGUUACUGAGUUUGUGAAAUAUGUUAAGGAUCAUAAUCGAGAUGAUAAUGAGAAUUAUUGGUCAUUAAUUAAAGAAUUAUCGUCUGCUAGUGAACUUUUGGAAUUUCUUCAAACCAUAGCUGAACAUGAUAUUAAAAAUUUAAUCAAUGGUGUAGAUGAUUAUUCUGAUGAACGGUUAAUUCAAGAAGACACUGUGUCAUCACUCAUUCAAGUUAAACAAUUGGUUGUGCAAUUAAUGAAUAGAUCUAAUAAAAUUGAUGAAUUCCUGAAAGUUUUGCGUAAAAUUAGUCAGGAAAAUCCUUCUUUGCCCAACAAAAUUACAAUAUGCGCUGGCUUUAAUAUGGCUUUACAAAACAUGAACAUAUCAAACAGAGGAGAAGUGACAAAAGAAAAGAUCCAAAAUGCCGUAUUGAGAGGAACUUAUACUUUCGAAAAAGAUGACAAGAGUGAUAAAUUUAAUGUCACACUGGUAUAUCAAGCUAGAGGAGCCGCAGAUAAAAUAAAACAUAACUUGUCUGAUUUACUAGAUUUACGUGGACGUGCUCUAUUAAUCGCAAAACCUGCUAAUAUCGAUGCGGAUUUGACAGAAGAGGAAAAUUCAAGAAAAAUAAUGAAUGAAUUUGUAGUGCAAGUAGAUAUGGCUCAAGAGAUUCUUAAUGUUGGAUCUAAACUCAUCCAGAUGGGGCAUUUUGACUAUCGACGGUUUAAGAGAGAAAUUGUUGGAACUGAGAGAAAGGUCGGAACUACAGAAAUGAGAGAUUUAUUAGCAAAACUUAAAGCAGACUUACAAAACUGGAAAAAAGUGGUAGAUGAAGCACAAGAACAACAUUACUAUUUGACAUUCUUCCCUGCGCGUCAUAUUCUUGCCUUUUAUGAUUAUUUUACAUCUGACGUGCAAGAUAACGAAAACACAGAGAUCUGCAGAACUCUUAUAAAGUUUGUUAACAGUAAAGCAGAGUUACCUUCUCGAAAAGAUCGUUCAGGAAUUUCACGCAAAAACACAGAUUAUUCUCGUACACUAAAAGAAAUCGGUGAAAAAUUGAAUACUAUUUUUGGAAAAUUAUUAAAAACAUCACGUGAGCUUAAAGUUAGAGGCGAACGUAUUAUUGCUGAUGUUGUCGAUAGGGGUAAAUUAUGUGUUGCCUCAUGUAACGAUAAAUCACGAGUACCAAAUAUUAUUAUGAGUUUGUAUGCUAACCAUGGUUCCUACCCCGAACCAUGGCAAAUCUUAAUUUGUACAAAAUCUACGACUAUUGAAGAGCUUAAUAUUUUUAUUAAGCGUUGCUUUUUUGCUGCAAAAAACGGAUAUAAAGAAAAACUAUUCUGUAUUGCGAAUUUAGAGUUACUCGAAUUUGAAUUGCAAUAUGGUCUAGUCGAAAGUAUUCGGUCAAUGCGUGAUAAACAUAAUGAUUAUUUUUUAGCAUUGGUUUGUUGUCGUGAAGGCUCGUUCCAUCAUCACAUAUUAGAUCAAUUUUCACAAGAUGUUCAUUCAACAAAUGGUCUUAACGCUGAAACUAUGAAAACCAUUUAUUGCAAUCUAUGCAAUAAUGUUGUUUGCGUGUCUUCAGACCUAUCUGGACAAGGCAAGACUGAAUGGAUUAAACAAGCCAGCUUUGAAAAAAAGAAAUUGCUGCGUAGCUUUUUAAUUAGUGAUGGAGCAGGUUUUGGAAGCCUGGUUCGCCAACUUUGGGAGUGUAAACUUCAACCAUUUGAAAGCUUACACAUAAAUAUUAUAUCGGCAGAUAAUUCCAAUGAAAUCAAUAUGUUCUUAUUUGAAUUAUUGACAUUAGG